ACGUAUAAUUACAGCAAACACAAGGUGCUGAGCUGCCAGUGCGCGCUUCCGCAGACAGAGGCAGCUCAGGUGUGUCGGCACAUUCCAACGGGGUGCGCGGCCGCACAGUACCUCGCAGCACCUGUUCCUCGGAGCCUGCUCCAACUUAACACACCUGUGACACAAGGAACUCGGCAGGUGGGUACCGCAGACGGUAUUCCUGGGACAGACUGUCGGCUUCCUCACACCACCGGCUCUGAAACAGUGUUUUCUCCUCUGCUGCAGCUACCCCACAUCCUGUGAAAUAUGACUGGAAGCAGGUUCUCUAAACUUUUUGGGAAACUUUUUCCUGGAGCGCGCUCCUCCGUUCAAUACGGAGCUGUGAAGAAGGAUGAAGAAGAGGAAACAGCGCUGUGUACGGAGCUUGAAGAAUCAUAUGAAUUAGAAAUCCCAGAAAAAGAUGAUGACGUGAAAAUGGUACCUUCAAAGGAAGCUUGCAAGCUAAGUGUGGAACAACUGGCCAAGGAUUUACAUGUUGACAUACAGGAAGGAUUAUCAGAGAAUUCGGUAACCCAGCGCAGAAAAAAACAUGGUUGGAAUGAAUUCAUGCCAGAUCAAAGUGAACCUAUAUGGAAAAAGUAUCUAGAACAGUUCAAAAAUCCUCUCAUCCUGCUACUGCUUGGAUCAGCGGUUGUAAGCAUAUUCACCAAGGAAUAUGAAGAUGCUAUUAGUAUAACAGUGGCAAUAUUGAUUGUUGUUACUGUGGCUUUCAUUCAGGAAUAUCGGUCAGAGAAAUCCUUAGAAGAACUCAACAAGCUAGUUCCUCCAGAAUGUAACUGCAUACGGGAAGGAAAACUACAGCAUGUGUUAGCCAGAGAACUCGUUCUGGGUGACAUUGUGUCUUUUUCAGUUGGUGACAGAAUCCCUGCAGAUAUCAGACUCAUUGAGGCAAUUGAUCUGCUAGUUGAUGAGUCCAGUUUUACUGGAGAAACUGAGCCAUGCAGUAAAACAGAUGCUACCUUAACCGAAGCUGGGGACUUGACAUCACACCAUAAUGUUGCAUUUAUGGGAACUUUAGUGCGAUGUGGAAGAGGAAAGGGAAUUGUUACUGCAACUGGAGAGAAUUCACAGUUUGGAGAGGUGUUUAAGAUGAUGCAAGCUGAAGAGACCCCCAAAACACCUUUACAGAAAAGUAUGGACAAAUUAGGAAAACAGCUUUCUGUGUUUUCAUUUGGAAUUAUAGGUUUAAUUGUGUUGAUAGGAUGGUUACAAGGAAAACCAUUGCUCAGUAUGUUCACCAUAGGAGUCAGCUUAGCUGUUGCUGCUAUUCCAGAAGGUUUGCCAAUUGUUGUCACAGUAACACUUGCUCUGGGAGUCAUGAGGAUGGCAAAGAAGAGAGUUAUUGUCAAGAAACUGCCGAUUGUGGAGACCCUGGGCUGCUGUAAUGUUAUUUGUUCAGACAAAACUGGCACUCUCACAGCAAAUGAGAUGACUGCAACGCAUCUAGUUACUUCUGAUGGAAUUCAUGCAGAGGUGACUGGAGUUGGUUACACUGGAAAUGGUGAAGUAUUUCUGGUGUCUAGCAAAGAAAAAGUAACAGCUCUUUCAAAUAUUUCAGUGGCAAAAUUAGUUGAGGCUGGUUGUGUGGCCAAUAAUUCAAUCAUUAGAGAUGGCACUCUUAUGGGUCAGCCAACAGAAGGGGCAUUAAUUGCACUUGCAAUGAAGAUGGGCCUCAGUAAUGUAAAAGAACAAUUUAUAAGAAAGAAAGAGAUUCCUUUUAGUUCAGAGCAAAAAUGGAUGGCAGUAAAAUGUGAAGGACGAAAUCAGGAAACUAAAGAGCUUUACUUUAUGAAAGGAGCUUAUGAAAGUGUCAUCCAGUACUGUAGUGACUACAACAGCAGUGGCAUACCUGUUCCACUAACACCACAACAGAAAUCCACAUUUUCAAGAGAAGAGAAAAGACUAGGAACUUUUGGGCUGCGUGUACUUGCCCUUGCUUCUGGACCAGAGCUUGGCCAGCUUACAUUUCUGGGCCUGAUUGGAAUGAUUGACCCUCCAAGGAAAGGAGUGAAGCAAGCAAUUAAAAUUCUGUUGAAAUCUGGUGUGUCUGUGAAAAUGAUCACUGGAGAUGCAAUGGAAACAGCAGUGGCUAUAGGUAAACAACUUGGGCUUUGUGACAAGGACUAUAAAGUUAUGUCAGGUGAAGAACUGGAAAUGUUGCAAGAAUCUGAGCUAGCAUCUUUAAUUAAGCAGGUUUCAGUUUUCUACAGAACAAACCCAAAACAGAAGCUUAAAAUUAUAAAGGCCUUACAGAAGAGCGGAGCCAUAGUGGGAAUGACGGGAGAUGGUGUGAAUGAUGCAAUAGCACUGAAAUCUGCUAAUAUUGGAGUAGCCAUGGGACAGACUGGAACUGACGUCAGUAAAGAGGCUGCCGAUAUGAUACUGGUAGAUGACAACUUCUCAACUAUGAUGAAUGCAAUAGAAGAAGGAAAGGGGAUAUUUUACAACAUACAAAACUUUGUUCAGUUUCAACUCAGCACGAGUAUUUCAGCCUUAAGCCUCAUCACUUUGUCCACAGUAUGUGAUUUUCCCAAUCCGCUCAAUGCCAUGCAGAUUCUAUGGAUCAAUAUUAUUAUGGAUGGACCACCAGCUCAGAGUCUUGGAGUUGAACCAGUAGAUAAAGAUGUCCUGAGACAGCCCCCGAGGAGUAGGAAAAGUUCAAUUCUCAGUAAAUGGUUAAUGCUGAAGAUCUUUAUCAAUGCAGCUGUCAUUAUCAGUGGAACAUUCUUCGUUUCGUGGACAGAGUUCCAACCCGAUGGCUCCACACCACGAAGUACAACAAUGACCUUCACUUGCUUUGUGCUGUUUGAUAUGUUUAAUGCACUUGGGUGCCGUUCUCAGACAAAAUCUGUUUUUGACAUUGGGCUUUUCAGAAACCGUAUGUUCCUUGGUUCUGUACUAGGUUCCCUUUUGGGUCAACUGGCUGUUAUCUACAUACCUCCACUACAGAAAGUCUUCCAUACUGAAAAUUUGUCAGCUCUUGAUCUUUUGUUUCUCGCUGGAUUAGCCUCAUCUGUUUUCUUUGUGUCUGAAUUUGUAAAAGUGUUCAGAAACUGUUGCAUAUCAAGAAAGGACUACAAAUCAGAAGAUGCAGUAUGACUGUGAUGCCAGUGAUGUUCUAUCAACAUUUACAUGGUGCCAAAGAAAACACCUUUGUACAUGACUGAUCGAGGUGUAUUUAAUGAGAUUAGAAUACUGAUGAAGCUAAAUUCAUCCUGAACAUGUUUGGACUACAAAUCUUCCUCUCUCCAGGCUGACAUCAUUUCAUCACUACCCCAUCUAACAAAAUGUGACAGUGGCCUCUGAGAUAGUUAAUAAGCCAGUGGAAGGUGCACCAUGAUAUUUCUGUGCAAUACAUUCUUCAGCUAGCCCUGAAGAGCUUCAUUUUGUAAAGACGGUCUUCCCAAUUUUUUGCAGAACAUAGAUUCAGUCCCAGUCUAUUUCUGUUAAAAGUUAAUGCAAUUUCAUUGCAUCUUGUUUUACACCCUCACUUGUGUGUAACUUUGACUUUUUAUUCACUUUUCCACACUGUUUACUUAAUAUGAAGUACUCUUGUAUUCCCUGCCUUUUCAUUUCCUAUCAGUCAUCCCAAGUGUCAUUUAUUCCAUUUUGCUUGCAAUCAGAACUGUUUAUUUUUGAAUCCUUGUUGUCUGUGAAGUUCCACCGUAAGUCAUUGUAUGGUUUUCUCCCUGCUUGGAACCUUCUGGCAAAUGAGUUGGGAGCAGUCAAGCUUCUCAUGGGACAGAUGUGCAAUGUAAUAAUAGAGAGUACUUUCCAAAUUUACUCAACUUAAGAAAAAAAAUCCUUUUAAUUACUUGUCUUCGGAGGAGACAUUAAAACUUGCGGGGUUUCACAAAAACAUUCAGCUGGUAAGAUCAGGUUAACAUGUUCUUUCAUAAAAGCAGAAGAAAAGAGCACCGUCACUGAUGGGAUUCAAGUAAUACCUUGUAGGAAGUGUUCAUCUUCCACAUUUAAGAUAAUAAAUCCCAGUCUCCCAAACCAAAAUGACAGAAGUCAAUAUUUUUAAAAUGUAAAGGCAAAACAAUACAUUUCACAUGAAUGCAAGAAAUGGAAAUUGGGGAUUGAUUUCUGAAAUUUUGCCGCUACAAUCAUUUUUAACUAAAUAUUAAUGAAUUUUCUAAAAUAUUAACUUAUGAAAAUGGAAUCUCUGUAAAGUAUUUAAACUUUUAUAAAGUAUUUGAAAUAAAACAUGGACCACAGCUGCAAAUUCCAUGUCCUAUAAAGUCACAGUUUAUAACUAGCUAUCUUGCAGUGCCUAUUUGUUAGUAGCAGUAAGCAGACAGAUCAGUGAGUGUGUACCACCAUACAGUACUGUACUGGCUACUAAAAGUAAUCUUAUAGUGCAUUUCUGCUGCUACCAGUGAAUGUAUUUUAAACUAUUUAUAUAUGUAUAUAUAUUUUGUUAGAACAAAUGAAUAAAGCAAGAAAGCAGCUUUACAAAAGCUCAUAUCUGAUCAAAUAAAAACCCAUCUCUACAAUA